AUGCCUUUCAAUGCUCUUACUUUCCAACCCUCAGUAAUUUUAGACUUAGGUGUUGAUAAGUUUUCUAUAGAAGCAAAUAAAACUUUUUCUCAUAUAAUGGACUCAGAUUUUCGACAUUGGUAUAAAAUCUACACGGAUGCUUCAAAAACAGACAUCAGUCCGGUUGGGGCUGCAGUAUGGAUUCCCUCAACAAGAAUUAUACUGAGUUAUAGCUGCCCACCCACCACUUCUGUGUUUACAGGGGAAUCAAUCGCCAUUCUUGAAGCUAUUCUAUUUGUUAAGUCUCACAACAUGAACAAUUCUAUUAUCCUUUCAGACUCUAAAAGUUGCCUCCAAUCAAUUCUCUCAAAUCCGUUUAAGACAAAAAGUCAGUUUACCAUCAUUCUCAAAAUAAGAGAAACUUUGAAAGAGUGCUAUGAACUCAAAAUUAACAUAGUUUUAGCUUGGAUUCCAGGUCACAUGGGCAUCUCUGGUAAUGAAAAUGCAGAUGCCUGUGCUAGAUCAGCUGCUCAUUCAGGUUCCUUUCAGUAUUCAGAAAUAUUCACUCAUGACUUGUGCUCUACCCUGAAACCCAAGAUGUAUGAGAGUUGGUCAAACAUUUGGCAAGUUUCCAAAACUUUAAAAGGCAAAUUUUAUGGAGAACUCCAACCAGAAAUUCCUCAAAAACCUUGGUUCUCAAAAUGUAGGAUUCAUAAUAAAACAAUAAUCUCAACUAUAUGCCGCUUACGUUUAAACCAUGCCUGCACUCCAGUCUUUCUAGCAAAACUUAGAAUUAGGGAUCAUUCUCUAUGUGAUUGUGGCCUUGAUGAGGGAAACAUGGAUCAUUUAUUCUUUAGUUGUCCCUUAAUGCAAUCUUCUCUGCACAAUUAUAUACCCGCUGAAGUCCCCCGUCCAACCUCCGUUAAAUGUCUCCUCUCCCUAGUUUACACUCCUUUUGUAAAUAUUUUGUGUAAAUAUAUUAAAAUAAAUAAGAUUAAGUUAUAUUAUUAGAAAAUUAAACUUUAUGUAAUCUGAACACCGAUUAUUACCGUUAAACUUAGAAGACACAUACUCAAAGCUUGGUAGUCUAAUCUAACGUGAUUCUGGCAAAUCUGUGGUAUAUCUUCCACAGAAGCCACAGUAG